CCGAAACUCUCCCCCUCUGAAGCUUUGAGAGCCAUUUUUGUUUCAUGGCAGAGAGCUCGGCGGCUCUCAUUUCAAUGCUCUCAGAAGGGACUCGGUAAAAGACACCUGAAGUCCUUAUGCAUACCAGCUGUGAAGGUACACCAUGAAUUUUGACGAGCAGGGCAUGGGGAGGGUAGUCCAUUCCUGGGCCAGAUUUGCCCCAGCUGGACAAGCUGCCCUCGAAGAGGCCCUGAGGGUCUUUAACCCCAUGUCCAAGGACCUGUCGGACAGCGAGAGACAAAUGGCAACCUUUCUUCAAGAGCUGAGAAAAGAGGGAGCCAAGCCUGUGAUUUUGAGGAGCAAAGAUGUGUACGGAUACACAUCUUGCACCACAGAGCCAAUCACUUCCAGGAUCGGCAGCAAGGUUCAGAGAGUGCAGAAGCCUUGCAAGAAGCGAGGGCGGAAAGGUUUGGGCAAGGGCAAGGAUGUGAAUUACGCGAUGCUCAGUCGAGCGGCAAAGGACAUUCUCCAAAACCAACCCAAGAUCCUGCUUACCAAUCUCUCGGUGGACCGUCUCAAGCGGAAUGUUGCGUCGACAGCACUAGAUAAACAUUCUGUUCAAGCACAGCAGUGCCUCAAGCUAACAAACAUAAAGGGGCUGACGGGAGGCCACACCGCGAGGUUGCAAAUUCAUUUUGGUGCGGAUUCAAAAAGCGCCCCCAGUUUUGCUCUGGGACGGCCACCUGAUCUCUCUGGAAUUCCGCACUCCCCGACGGAAAACGGCAGUCAGAUAUCGAACGUAGUUGCCUUGGACAACAAACGUGUUUUGUCAUGUCCGUUCAAAGUAGACGACGCCCUCAUUGGAGACUCUGCUCCGGUCGUCUGCCAAAAUGGGUUCAGUCUUAAAGAUGGUAGCAUUUAUAAAAAGAUUGAAACUGUGGACAAUGGCUCAGUGAGGAGACUCCGUUUCCAAAGCUAUAACUGGUCCCAGUCGACGCUCACCAAUGGCCGAGACGUUUCUAGACUGAAUGGCAAUGGUCUUGAAUGGAAGGUUAUAAAAGUAGACGAUUCGGUCACGGACGAGGAAGUGAGGAGGAAGGCACAGAAAAUCUUGCAAGUUAACUUGUCGCCUGUGAUACAGAUCCAUCCCCUCGUUGACUCUGUAUAGACUCUUGCUGGGGAUUUUUUCGUUUCGUUUCCUCUUUUGUUAAGUUUUGCAGAGUUGCGUUUUGUGGAAACAAACCCUAGGGUAUCUCUGGAUGGGAGCAUUGCAGUUACCUCCAAAUUUUGCAUUAUCGUCAAGUAGUUACUGACAUCAUAAUCCAAAGAUGGGAUGCUUGUUUUUUUUUUGUUUUUUUUUCCUGCUCUCACAGUAUUUUGUUUUCCUGACACAUCCCAACCUACCUUUCUUUUGUGUAUUUUUAUCUAACUUCUGAAGGAUUGGACUGACGAACAAACCCUUAUUUAUGACUAUGCAGUUCCCAGAAUGCUCCUUGUGUUGGAAUACUGUGGGCGUGGACUGCUGUCUUACUGGAUCAUGGGAACAGACUGAAUUUGUAGAGUACUUGGAUCCUGCUGAUGUCAAUGUCACCCCGGUUUUCUGACAUCACCAGUUUUGUAAUAUGUUAGUCUGCCGGCAUAGACUGCAUAUGAUAUUUUUGUUUAGACUCUAACAUGUUUAAAAUUGGGGGCACUUUUGCAUAUUAAUUUAAUUUCAGGGCAAAAUAAAUGGCCUUAUUCUUUGAGAAGAGUGAAAUUUAACUGAAUCUUUGUACUCUUUCCUUCUCGAUGUACUUGUUUCUUCCUGCACUCCACUUCUCAUAAAUUCCUCGAAUGUUUCUUUUAACGUGCCAACCCUGUUUUUUCUUUUCUUUACAGUUUUGUUGGUGCCAUGACCACAAAGAAUUGCAAAAAAUUGCUUCAUUUUCUGAGUUCUCAGCAUCCCGUCAAGCGGUGGACUUGCUUUGUCCAUUGAUUGAACGUACCUCAAACACUUGAAUAAGAAAAUGUUGUUGUCAUUACUCCUGCAGUUAAUUAUGUACAUUGUUCAUUCCAUACAUCCAUAAAUUGGUUGGUCCAUGUUUAUGUUUAAUGAUUUGUGGCCAUCUUGAUCACCUUUUAACCAAAUCCUGAAAACUACAAACCGAUCUUCAAUGGGAUGGUUUUGAUCCAGCACUAAUUAAGGUGGUUUCUGAAGGAAGCUAAUUGGAAAAGGACAAAUUCAUUCAGGUUGUCUGGUAAAUCUUGCUCAAGGUGUUUUAUUAAGGUCAGUGUUCUGGCUCACCAGGUUUUAUUUGUUGAGGUUGAUUCAUGUGCAUAGAGCAAUCAUUUUAGGGCACAACAGGAAGGACGCUCGCUUUUUGUGCACAAGAGGAAGAGAUGUGUGAAAUUCAAGUUAACGCCUAAGGCCUUUGGUUGAUAAUGUUUGUUUCAAACUAUCGUAGAUGAUGGCAAUGCAGCGUUUUAUUGGUGCCACAAGUCAAAAAUCAUUAUUAAAUUUAAGUUGUGCAUUAACCAACAAGUGGGUUUCAUAAAGGAUAACUUUCAUCCACACACAAAAUACAAGCAGAGUUUGUUUUCCUGUUCAGUUUUUAUUUUCAUCCAGUUGAACCUGUGACACUCAAAAGCUGUAAAUGUCAGUGUUGUAUCUUUAGUUACUGUUAUCGAGUUGUGAAUUAAAAUAUGUUUGAGAAAUG